CCUCCCUCCUGCCACAGGUUCCUGUGGAGCGACUACACGGUGGAGGUUCGGCUCAACGACUACCUGGACAUCAUCUGCCCCCACUACGAGGAGGGCAGCGUGGACCCCCGGGUCAUGGAGCGCUACACCCUGUACCUGGUGGAGCUCGAGGAGUUCCAGGCCUGCAAACCCAGCUCCAAGGAGCAGAUCCGCUGGGAAUGCAACAAGCCCAGCGCCCUGCACGGCCCCGAGAAGUUCUCGGAGAAGUUCCAGCGCUUCACGCCCUUCACACUGGGCAAGGAGUUCAGGGAGGGGCACAGCUACUACUACAUCUCCAAGCCCAUCCACCACCACGGUGAGGCCUGCCUGAAGCUGAAGGUGACGGUCACCGGCAAAGGCACUCCAGCACCGCCUGUCCCGGCCUCGACACAGAAGGGGAGGAUCCAGGCAGGUGGGUUGGGGGCU